AUGGUGCUCUCGCUACCUGCUCGUCGUCGUUACCUGUUCAUCAGUAAUCCAGCCACAGGUCAAAUUAACCCGCUCCUUGCGGUGAUGGAGGAGCUGGCGCUCCGUGGCAACCAGGCCGUCCUAGCUUCGUCGGAAUCUGUAUAUCAUAAAUUCCAGAAGUUGCAGGCCCGUAUGGGUUACACCGUGCAGUCUGAGUCGACGCCGUCGGAAGAAUAUCUAAAGCGUUGCCCGCUGGUUUUUAUUUCGCUUGGGUCCUGUGAUGUUAUGGAUGACUACACGAAUAAAGCUGUGGCUCUAACGGAUCAAUUCCAUGACCUUUGUCGCUCGAACCCUGGUGACAUCUGGGGCUGGCUUAGUACAUUUAUUGAGCUUGUUCCCGGCGCCUCGACAGAGUAUCGCGACAUUGUGUUCCGCAUUCGUGACUUGUGCGAGAAGCUUGAUGCCGACAUGCUACUUGUGGAUAACUUCAGUCCCUUUGCCGUGGAUGCUGCUCGUCUGACGAAGCGUCCUUUUAUCGAGACAUCUCCUGGUGCAUCUUCAGCAGUGGCUAGCAAUGUAGGCUUUUUGACCAAUCCCUUGCCUAUGAGCGGUGGUCGCAAAGCUGGCACUAGCAUCUUUACUUUGUUCCGCAACCUUGUGUUCAUGUUCAUUUGGUUCAAGUUCAUUUUCUUUAACCCUUGGCCUAUUCGUCGUCGCCGCUUCCGCAGGGAGGUGCUUGGCCUUAAGCCGGUGGAUGUAAUUUGUGACUCUGUUAUGACUCCUACGCCCGGUAUGCUUCCUCAACAGAUCGCCACAAUCACCUUCAACGUAGCCAGCAUGGACAUCUAUCCUACGGAUGCUUACGAUAAGUCUGUGUACUUUGUGGGACCAUGCUUCUCUACUAAGGGAGGUAUGAUUCCCAGUACCCGUGCGCCAUCGAGUCCUGUUUUUGCUAGCCGCCGUGCCGCCCUUGAGUCUGGUUCAAACACCCCGUCAUCACCUUCCGUCAGUUUGACUCCUUCCAGGCUGGAGAAGGAGAUGCGUAAUGUGCAGGCAACGUCGGAUGAUGCUGUUAAGACUUGGAUGGAUCAGGCUAUGAGUGAUGGAAAGCGCGUUCUGUACAUCAACAUGGGAAGCAUUUUCUUUUACAGCAGGCAAGACUAUGAUAACAUUGUGGAGGCUCUGAAGAUGCUUCAUGAGCUGGCCCCUAACGCCCUGGUACUUUGGAAGGUGCCGAAGCUGCCUUACGAUGUGCAGCCGAUCCCUUCACUUGAAGAAGCGAACUUGCCGCCGUACAUUCGUCGUGAGAACUGGAUCCCCGAUGUCGAAGUUGUGCUGCAACACCCGGCUUUGGCCGUGUUCAUGCACCAUGGCGGUGGCAACUCGUACAAUGAAGCUAUUGCGCACGGUAUUCCGCAAUUCUGUGUUUCCCAGUGGGUUGAUACUCAUGAUAUUGGUCUUUAUGUGCAGCACUCUGGCGUCGGUUUGUGGGCGGAAAAGUCGCCUCGGUUCGACCCCGUCGAUAUGAGCACCAAACUUGCGAAACUCGUCAAUGAUGAGCACAACACAUUCCAACAUGUUGCGCUUUCUUGGCAACUGAAGGCUGCGCAAGCUGGUGGAACGGUAGGUGCUUGCGACAUCAUUGAGUCGCUCGUGACCUCAUACAAGUUUGAAGGAGGCUCCAGCAAGGCGCCUAUGCCUUCUGCCCUGUAA